UCACAUUAGUUCCCACAUUUAACCAUCCAUUUUGCUCUACGAUGAAAUUUCAGUAAGUCCUUGGAAGAUCACAUUAAUAUAACAUACCCUCUUCGCACUUCAAGAAAAUAUAAACAUGGCGAAGGAAGGAGAUGCGAACAAAGGGCAUCUCCACAAAGGACCAGUUAGCGCGCCUCUGAAGUCCGUGCCGGGCUACAAGCCUGUGAGCUCCAUACCAGCCAAAUUUGAGACAAUUUUAUAUACAGGACCCAGGGAAAAAAAGGGGUUCAGCACUGAGAGCAGACGCUUCAUGGAUCCGGACAAUGACCUACCUGGGUACGUCAGGGCUCCUCUCGCCCCUCAGCGCUACCCAUCACCUUUCCCAUCCACCGCUGCCUUUAGCCAGGUGAAGCCGGUCUUCCCCUACUACUUGCACUUCAUGACACAGCCCUCGUUACUGUGCAGGCCCGGCAGUUACAAUUCACAACCGCCAUCCCUGGAUCGGCCCAAACCUGAGUCCAUUGGGAAGAAGGGAUUGGGUCCCAUGGCAUCGCAGUCUCGGCGCUUUUCGGAUCGCGUUUACUACACAGGGCCAGGCCCCACAGAUUACCGGAGGCCUGGCGCUGCGAUCGAGGAUAAAAGCCACAGCAAAGCAUUUGUGACUUCAGCCUUCCAGGAAAAAACGACGACAUCGUUGGUACCCCUGGACCGUAUCACGCCGCAUCUGGGGCCUGGCGCGUACGACAGCUCGGCCAUCACACGUACGGGCGCCAAGGUGGAUUACACGAGCAGGCCUGGCGCCACGUCAGCCUUCAAGAAUUCCACAGGGCAUGAGUUGAUCUUGUCUGGUAACCUGGAGGCGCCCGCGUCCACAAGCUAUGAACUGGGCGACCCAUGGGCCCAAACAGGCACCCGCGGUGGUGGAGGCAGCGCCCGAGUGGGGACGUCCUCCUUUGGGACGAGCGCCGGACGAGGUGCCGCAUCCGUGGGCUCCAUGGCCGCCACCUUGGACACGUUGCUGUUCGGAGCGCCCUCCGCAGCUGCUGGGAAACCCGAGUCGGGGCCGGGUCCCGGCUCGUAUGAGCUGCAAGACUAUGCAUCCAUCCGCGCCAAGCUCAGCCGCCAAGCACAACGGCCGAGCCCCGUGUUCCUCACAGCGGACUCGUCACCUCCCAGGCAGCAACCCCGCCAAAUAUUGGUCAGUGCGGGCGAGAAGGUGGCGCAUGACUACCUGCGGCCCUCGCACGCGCCCCUCCACUCGCUCAGUCCGGGGAAAGGCGUCUCAGCACCGUUCCGGAGUCGAAGUGCCGGGCAUGAGGAAGUCAUUGACCAGCACGCCUACACGGUGUCAUCCAACGCACCCGGACCCGCGUACUACCAGCCCCCAACCGCAAUCCGUAAAUCGUUCCACAAGAAUGCCAAGCAGCAGUAUAUGACGGUUGCGUUCUAGGGGGGAUGUAGUUUGGAUUUUGGUGGGCGAGGCUAGUAUUGUGCGAUAACGCGGCCGUCUUGGAAGUGGUUGGAGUGCUGUUUUCCUUGGUGCUUCGUGGACUUGAGAAGGGAUAGUAGACCACGUGCCCUUUGACUGCUUUUAUACGUUUUAACCUGCCUAAGACUGUGUACUGCAGUGGAGAAUCCACCCGUAUUUACGGAAUUUGCACACUUUGAUUACAGGACCCCGGUGUACAGAGUGACCUGAUACGAUAUACACGCUGCGGUUACCAAUCUACGGACACGAGUAUGGUAUACGACGACUAACGCAGGUUGUAACGUAAUGACACU